AUGACACAAGGAAAUAGCACCGAAGUGACUGAAUUCUUUCUUCGGGGAUUUGGUGCCCAACACAAGUUUCGGUAUGUCCUCUUCACUGGAUUUUUGGUCAUCUAUGUGACCACCAUGGCGGGUAAUAGUGGAAUGAUCCUACUCGUCAAGACAGAUUCCAGACUUCAGACACCCAUGUACUUUUUCCUACAACAUUUGGCUUUUGUUGAUAUCUGUUACAGUUCUGCUAUCACUCCCAAGAUGAUGCAAAACUUCGUAGUAGAAAACAAAUCAAUAUCAUUCAAGGGCUGUGUCAUGCAAUUAUUGGUUUAUGCAACAUUUGCAACAAGUGACUGUUACCUCCUGGCAGCUAUGGCAGUGGACCGUUAUGUGGCCAUCUGUAACCCCCUUCGCUAUCCCAUGGUCAUGUCCCGAAGAGUCUGCAUCCAAUUGGUAGCUGGUUCAUAUGUCAUGGGCACAAUAAAUGCUUCUGUGCACACAGGGUUUACAUUUUCAGUGUUCUUCUGCAAGGGCAACACCAUCAAUCACUUCUUCUGCGAUGUUCCUCCAAUCCUUGCCCUCUCAUGCUCCAACAUUGACAUCAACAUCAUGCUACUUGUAGUCUUUGUGGGAUUUAACUUGAUGUUCACCGUGUCAGUCGUCAUCUGUUCCUACACAUAUAUCCUGGCUGCCAUCCUCAAGAUGUCUUCUACUGCAGGGAGGGAAAAUGCCUUCUCCACGUGUUCCUCCCACAUGACAGCAGUCACCAUUUUCUAUGGGACCCUCUCUUACAUGUACUUACAGCCUCAUUCUAAAAAUUCCCAGGCGAACAUGAAAGUAGCCUCUGUAUUUUACAGCAUUGUGAUUCCCAUGUUGAACCCCCUGAUCUAUAGUCUGAGAAAUAAGGAGGUAAAAGAAGCUCUAAAAGUGAUGGGGAAGAAAUUCUUCUAGAUUGGA